AAAAACGCGUGGAUGGUGUGGUGGUGGAAGCACACACAGUGUAUGUAACCCGUACCCGUUUAUUGUUCAUCAAUAUAUUUCUCUCUCUUCAUUACAAAAGCAGAAUAUGCAAAUGCUCACUUGUACCAUCCGCCAUGACUGCACUCCCUCAGGCGAGAAGGAUGGUCUGUGUAUGGCCAGGUUUAAGGCAAAUCUGCCUUAGGAAAAACCUUAUGUAUGGGUUUAUGCAGUUAUUUUCGUUUCCUUUUAAAACCUUGCGAGGAGUUAGCCGAUCUCUUGGUGUUUCUCAUUUAUGUAGCAUGUCCAACAUCUCUUCAUCGUUGCAAAUUGAAUUGGUACCAUGUCUCAAGGACAAUUAUGCAUAUCUUUUGCAUGAUUUGGAUACCGGGACUGUUGGAGUCGUUGAUCCUUCAGAGUCUUUACCAAUAGUAGAUGCUUUGAGCAAGAACAAUCGUAAUUUGAACUACAUUUUAAAUACUCACCAUCACCAUGAUCACACUGGUGGGAAUGUGGAUUUGAAAGCGAGGUACGGUGCAAAGGUAAUUGGAUCAAAUGUUGACAGGGAUAGAAUUCCCGGCAUUGACAUCAGCUUGAAUGAUGGUGACACAUGGAUGUUUGCUGGGCAUGAGGUGCAUGUGAUUGCUACCCCGGGCCACACUAAAGGCCAUAUUAGCUUUUAUUUUCCGGCCUCGGGGGCUAUUUUUACCGGAGACACUUUAUUCAGCUUAUCAUGUGGUAAACUAUUCGAAGGAACACCUGAACAGAUGCAUUUGUCCCUUGAGAAGUUAUUGUUGUUGCCAGAGAACACAAAUAUAUACUGCGGGCAUGAAUAUACAUUGAGUAAUUCAAAGUUUGCACUAUCCGUUGAGCCUGGAAAUGAAGAAUUACAGUCAUAUGCAGCCAACAUUGCCAAUCUCCGUAAAAAGCACUUGCCCACGAUUCCGACAACCUUAAAAAAGGAGAAACUAUGUAAUCCCUUCUUGCGUACUUCAAGCGAAGAAAUACGUCGGGUGUUGAAUAUUCCAGCCAAUGCAAGUGACGCGGAAGUAUUGGGUGUGAUCCGACAAGCCAAGGAUAAUUUUUAAAGAAUUCCUAUAAUACCCUUUUCCUGUCCUGCACAUAAGAAAUUAUUAGGUCUAGUAGCAUUUGGGAAGAUUGUGUUAUAGUGACUAUACAUAGUGUUGGAUUUUUCCCAGCUAAGAAUGAUUGAUGACAUGUUUCCCCCUCAAAUUCAGUCUUUGUUGUGUAAAAUACUAAAAAUGUCUCAUGAAA